GCGGGGCCUCCUCCCCACACGUGCUGGGGCCCCGCCCCCUGCGCGCGGAGCCGCGCUCCCAUUGGUCAGAGGCCGCGGGGAGGCGUCACCAGUAUGCAAAUGAGCGGCGCGAGAAGCAGAUUUUAUUGGCGGCUUGGGGGCGUGACUUUUGUGGGGCGGGGCCCGCUCGCGGCCCGGCGCGCGGCGAUUGGCUGCGGGCGGGGGCGGGGUGGAUCGCCGCAUUCCUAUUGGCCGGAAGCGCGGGCGGGACACGGCGGCGUGUUUCUAUUGGCCGAGCGGCGGCGGGCGGCACGGGCCGGCACAUUGCCAUUGGCGGAGAGCGGGAGGGGCGGGGCCUGGAGCGAUGGCGGCGGCGGCGCUGCGGUCCCGGGGCGGCGGAGCGGUGAGAGGGGUCCUGGCGACGCUGCUGCGGCCCCGGCGUGGCUACAACAGCACCUUCCGGGCCUCGGAGCUGGAGCUGCAGCGCUCGGGGGCCCCCGGCACCCCCCCGGCCCCCCAGGAGCUGGUGUUCGGGAAGGUUUUCACCGACCACAUGCUGAUGGUGGAGUGGAGCCGGGACCGGGGCUGGGGGCGCCCCAAAAUCCGCCCCUUCCAGGAGCUGCGGCUGCACCCGGCCUCGUCUGCCCUGCACUACGCUGUGGAGCUCUUCGAGGGUCUCAAGGCUUUUCGGGGUGAUGACGACAAAAUUCGGCUUUUCCGCCCCGACCUGAACAUGGAGAGGAUGCAGAGAUCAGCCCGCAGGGUCUGCCUGCCCGAAUUCGACGGGCGGGAGCUGCUGGAGUGCAUCCGGGCGCUGGUGCGGCUGGAGGGGCGCUGGGUGCCCCGGGACCCCCAGAGCAGCCUCUACAUCCGACCCACCUUCAUCGGCACCGAGCCCACGCUGGGGGUCGCGCCCCCCGGGCGGGCGCUGCUGUUCGUGGUGCUGUGCCCGGUGGGUCCCUAUUUCCCGGGGGGGGCCUUCACCCCCAUCCGGCUCCUGGCUGACCCCCGGCACGUGCGGGCCUGGCCGGGGGGCGCCGGACACUGCAAACUGGGCGGGAAUUACGGGCCAUGCCUGGAGCUGCAGGAGGAGGCGCGGGCCCGCGGGUGUCACCAGGUGCUGUGGCUCUACGGCCCCGAGUGCCACCUGACCGAGGUGGGCACCAUGAACCUCUUCGUCUUCUGGGAGCGCCCGGACGGGGGGGUGGAGCUGGUGACCCCCCCCCUGGACGGGCUGAUCCUGCCCGGGGUGACCCGGCAGAGCUUCCUGGAGCUGGCCCGGCAGUGGGGUGAGUUCGAGGUGCGCGAGGCCCCCCUGCCCAUGGACAGCGUUUUGGGGGCGCUGCGGGGGGGGCGGCUGCGGGAGAUGUUUGGGGCCGGCACCGCCUGCGUCGUCUCUCCCGUGGGGGAGAUCCUGUACCAGGACAAGCUGCACCCGGUGCCCACCAUGGAGAACGGCCCCAAAGUGGCCAGGAGGUUCCUGCAGGAGCUCAGCGACAUCCAGUACGGCCGCGUCCCCAGCCCAUGGGCCCAGCCCGUGUGACCCCCCCGAGACGGGGCCGAGACCCCCCCAAAAACCAGCACCGGAGCCUCGGGGGGGUCACGGGACCCCCCGCAAAAUACACCAAAAAUGGGGAGGGGCACAGAACUUCCCCUCCCCCCCUUCAAUCCCUCUC